UAAUUUUAUGAUAAACUAAAUAAAAAUGAAGAUUAUGUCAUGUUAUUUUCGACGUUUAAUAAUAACAGCAUUAUUUGUUUUAUUGCUGUUUUGUGUUGUUCAAGUUUUUCGUUCAGAAUUAGGAUUUAAUGACAAUGAAUUAUCAAAUUUAGAUAAAUUAAUACACAUAUCUCAAUUAAUUAAGGAAUCUGAACAACCUUAUAUUGGGGAAGGAAUUGUGGCUUGUAAACUACCUCAAUUAGAUGUUUCUAAUCCAGAAAUUACCAAAUUCAUUCAUGAUGUUUCUCCCUUGCAAUGUACACCAGAAGAUUGGGUUAUUCUUCGUGGCUCAAAAUUGGUUAUUAGUAAUAGCAAGAAAAAAUAUGGAUCUAUAACUUGUCUUUUCAGUGAAAUUCUCAGAGAUGAUGAUUAUAAUGUAUCAUUUAUGACUCCUAUUGAAUCUGAUGAUUUCUAUAUUCUAAAAUACAGUGAUUUUGUUGAUGUUAAAUGUGAAUCAAAAAAUAGAAACGAAUGGCAUAGUAUCAUGGUUGGAGUAAAGGAUGAUCCUAAAGUAAAAGAAAAAAGUAAAUGGGAAAAUGUUGGGAACAAGGCUCUUAAGUUAAAUGUACUUAUGUUUGGUUUUGAUUCUUUAUCCAGAAAUACAUUUAUACGUAAAUUACCAAAAACAUAUCAAUAUUUGAAAGAAUAUUUAGAUGCUUUAAUAUUAGAAGGAUAUAAUAUAGUAGGUGAUGGAACACCACAAGCUCUUAUUCCUAUUCUUACUGGAAAGAUUGAACUUGAACUUCCAGAUACUAGAAAACGCAUGGGAUCAAAAGCAAAGUAUGUCAAUGUAUAUCCAAUGAUAUGGAAUCAGUAUAAAGAAAAUGGUUAUAUAACAGGAUUUAUGGAAGAUGUUCAUCAUAUUGGAACUUUCACAUAUCGUCUAAAGGGUUUUAAUAAGCAACCAACUGAUCAUUACAUGAGAACAUUCUAUUUGGCUGCCACACCAUAUUUUAGAUACUAUAACAAAUUUUGCAUUGGAGGCAUUCCAAGACACAUGGUAAUGUUGAAUUAUAUUAAAGAAAUUUUUAAUGUUUAUAAACAUCAACCAAAAUUUUUGUUUGGAUUUCAUGGAGAACUUUCACAUGAUUCUUAUAAUGACAUAGGAAUGGUAGAUGAAGAUUUCUAUAAUUGGAUAAAAGAUUUACAUGAAUUUGGUCACUUGAAUAAUACAGUACUGAUAAUAAUGAGUGAUCAUGGACAUAGGUUUGCAGAAAUUCGUAACACUCUACAGGGUAAACAAGAGGAAAGAUUACCAUAUUUUUCAUUUGUAUUUCCACUAUGGUUUAAAAAAGUCUAUCCAGAAGCUUAUGCAAAUUUUUUACAUAAUACACGUUAUUUAACAACUCCAUUUGAUAUCCAUAAAACAUUGGAAAAUAUAUUAAAUUUUGAAACACCAAAAAUUGGAGAUCGUCAUCAGAGAGCUAUUAGCUUAUUUGAUAAGAUACCAUUAGAUAGAACUUGUGCAGAUGCAUUUAUAGAACCACAUUGGUGUGCAUGUCUUAGUUGGCAAGAAAUUUCAACUGACAAUGAUAAUGUUAUUGCUGCAGCCAAUUAUUUUAUUCAAUUCCUUAAUAGUUAUACAGAAGAUCAUCGUGAUAUAUGUGAAAAAUUGAAAAUAAAAGAAAUAUUAUGGGCUGCUAAACUUAUACCUAAUAAAGGUUUACUAAAAUUUCAAAAAUCGGGAGAUCAAGAUGGUUUUAUAGGAGAUUUUAGUGCAAAAACAAAAUUAACUACUGAAACUUUUCAAUUAAAAGUAAAAACAGAACCAGGAGCUGCUUUAUUUGAAGUCAGUAUUACUUAUGAUAUAAAAAAAAGUAGUUUUUUGACCAAAAUUUCAGAUGUUAGUAGAAUUAAUAUGUAUGGAUCUCAGGCAAGAUGUGUAGAAAAUUCUUUGUUUCAUUUAAGAAAAUAUUGUUAUUGCAAAAAUUAAACAAUUAGUAUUUAGAAAGUAAUAUACAUAUUUAUUUAAAUUAAAGAGCAAAAAAAAUUUUCAUAAAAAAAUUCACAAGCCAUGAAAGAAGUGCUGUGAUUAGAAUUAUAUUUCAAUUUUUAUAUUUA